AUGAAGUUCUCCAUUGUCGCUCUUUCUGGCCUCGCUGCCAUUGCUGCCUCCCAGACCACCACCGGCACUGCUGCAACCGCGGUAGUUUCUUUGACUCCGGAGGCAUCCUGUGCUACCAAGUGUGCCGACACCGACGUGUGCUGCAGGGCUCAAUGCUACCACGUGCCAUGCCCCGACGCCUCCAUGGCUAACGACACCACUUCUUGCGUGGCUGCCUGCCCCCAGGGUGAUGGCUCUGCCAAGGAUACCGACGCCUAUGCCAGCUGCCAACAGUCCUGCUACAACUCCCACUUCUUCCCCGCAACUGCCUACACCGGCGGUGCAACUGGUACUGUUGCCAGUGCCAGCGCCAGUGAGACUGGAAGUAACUCGGCUUCCGCCACCGGCUCCUCGGACUCUGAAUCUGGCUCUGCUACCACGACAGGUGCUUCGGGCACCCAGUCUGGCAGCGCCACUGCCAGCGGCAGUGGUGCUAGUGCCACCAAUACUGGUGCUGCCAGUCAACUUGGCUUGCAGAUCGGCUCUGCCGGUAUUGUCGGCGCUAUCGUGGCUGCCAUGGUUCUCUAG